AUGCCGAGACAAAGGCAAAAGUCCCCGCGGGCUCAGGCAGGCAUACACUUCAUCAUCGCAGAUCCAUCUUCCAGUCGGGAACGACCGGACAAUCUUCGGAUAGUCCGAUCCCAUGUUGGUCGAUGGAGGUGGCACCAAGCAAAGCAAAAUUCGCAGCGUGAACGUGAACGUGAGCAUGAGCGUGAGCGUGAGAGCCCACCGACUGGCGGUGGCGACAACUUCUCCGCUUCUGAGUCCUCUCACAACUGCCGAAGCACGGACUCCGACACAUAUGGACCCUCGACUGGUGAUAGAUCGGAGGACUUUGAGACCGACGCAGAAACAUUUUCCUACCUAGCACCAGAGUCAGCGGUGCAUGACCAGCCGUAUUUUGGACACGAUCCACCGGCGGAGGAUCCCUUCGCUUUCUUCAAUAAUCAAGAAGGUGAACUGGACCUACCGACCCAUGAACAAACCCCAGCGGGGAAUUUUGACCUCGGCUCGUCGGCGGCCCUGACUGGUAUUAGCCCAGGCGUCUUGGACCCUUUCCAGACCAUUGGGGCAUCGCCCUUGCCACUAAAUCUCGUUAGUACCUCUAACAAAUACUCAUUGUCCAUCUUAUGGCCGGGUCUCAUGCCAAAAACAUCCACGGGUGCAAACCAUAUCGGCGUACAACGAUGGUUCGCAAGUUCGGCUUGCAACGCAGCACUCCAUAGUACACUAUUGUAUGGAUCAUACUCUCACAGAAGAGCACUAUGGCUGGUGAAGCAACGCGGCCAUUUCAGUACCGAGGACGCCAAACAGAUGGCAGUCUGUGAGGCAGACGCCAUUGCAAGGAUAAACCGUGCGAUCAAGGUUCCCUGCGAGGCCGCCACUGAUUCGUUGAUAUUGUGUGUGUUGUGUAUGGCGACAAACAAGUUGGAGAACCCAUUAUGGGAAGACAUGAGGGAGUCUCCGUUUGGCUCUCCGUUGCGAAGCUUGCAAUGGCUUGACGUGUAUGGACGCUUGUCGCCUCAUCCAGUUCAUCAAGCUGGCUUACGGCAACUGGUGUCCCUACGAGGGGGCUUGGAGAAGAUCGAGCUUCCGGGACUCGCCACCUUGAUAUCACUUUCUGGUAUCUUAGGGGCUAGCCGGGCCCUCUCCCGACCUACCUUCCCCUACAUUUCGAUCCGUGCCGGCACUCGCAUGACCCUGCAGGACAUACUCGGCAUUGAUGACUUCACACAACACCCAAAGUCUGACAUCUCAGAAGGCGAGCAUGUAAUCCCUGAGAUGCAAAGAAUCUUCCGAGGCUUGCGAAUACAUCUCGAACUCAUCGAAGCGUAUCAAGAUGGAAUUCAGAUGGGCAUGGACACACUCUGUGACUACCGAAACGUCAUUCAGUGGCACAUCAUGUCCCUAUUACCAUUAAGUCAGCUUGGGGCGGCCCAUGCUAGCUUCUAUCCUCUUUAUGAGUCUUGUCGUCUGGCUCUAGUUAUCUUUGGGGUGGGCAUCGUAUUCCCCCUGCCACCUCAAACCGCUCCUCUGCCGAGUCUCGCUCGUAUGCUCCAGAUCGAGCUUCGACUAUACAGCCAAGUGACUCAACAUGAAUUACCCGAAGUUCAAAACCUGCAUUCUUGGUGUCUCAUGAUGGGCGGAAUUGCAGCAAGGUGGUCAUCGGAAAGGAGCUGGUAUGCAGAAAAACUCAAGGUUUAUGCCACCUCAAGGGGCUUGUCGACUUGGCAUGAGAUGAGGAUGGAGUUGAAGUCCGUCUUGUGGCUUGAUAGUGCUUGUGAUUUGGCCGGGCAGUUGAAGGCCACAAUCUAUGCCAAGUAUGAGGAUGGUGAGAAGCGACUCUAUCAUCUCGUUGGUGUAAAUCCAUUCUUCAAGUUUACAACCGAGAUUGAAAAGCUUGAAUUGCACCUCGCAGACUUAUUAUCGGUCUCCACUCCAUCCGAUGCUACCACCAAGUGGAUGAUCCACAAGGCUUGCACCAAUACUCCAGUACACGACAACAUCAGUAACAGCUGGGACAGCCAGAAUUGGGUCGCUGACGCUCUCAGCAGUCUAGUCUCGAUUGGCUGCAUGUCUGAAGAGCAGCGACUGAACGCGGCGAACCGCAUGAUCGAUGUCUGCCUGCAGGCCAAGGUCUAG